AUGGGUCGAUACAACUUCGCGCCUCAGCGCGUGCACCAGGCUGCUACACGUCUCCUCCAAGUCCGCAGUGCCGCGCGCGGCGGCCCCUCGCAGCCUCCUCCGCCAUGGUAUACCGUCAUUGGCAACCUACCGCCGUCAGAACGUCUCGUGCGUCCGCCAUUGCAACCCGCCCGUCGCAAGGGUAGAAAGGCCAGCAAGCUCUUCCAGCCUGUCAACCUCAAGUACGAAGAGGAUCAACUCAGACUCGACUUCUUUGGCGACCACCCGUGGGAAUUGGCGAGGCCCAGACAAAUCGUCGAAGAUGACGGCAAGGACUACCAGAAGUUCGACUGGAGCCAGCUGGACCAGCCGACCAAGCAGAUUGACGGAGAGAGCGUUGUCCAAAGACAAGCAUGGCUCAUGGGCCUUGUCCCAUACACAAAGCUAGGAGCUUACGACAAGGCCCGUAAGGAGUUUUACGAGGUCCGCCACCAACAGGACAUCGAGCGCCGUGUCGCCCGCGAGGAAGCCCUCUGGACUGGUGCCGAGUUCGGUCCAUCACCCUUGGACAUUGGUAUGCAACUCGAGGACCAGAAGUACGAGGAAUGGCGCGAUUGGGCCACCAAGGAGAUUACUGCAAUCAGACAACUCUCUGGCUCGUCCGGUAGUGCUCUCGACCAAGAUGCUCUAUUGGAUCCGCAGGCAGAUGAUAUCAACGCUGCUCUGGAUGAAGUCGAGCCGAGUGUGCCCGGCAGCAAGAGAGGACAAACCGCUCAAGGAGGUGCUUUGGUCCACCCCUGA